AUGGCCGGCUUCGCCUGUCCCUUUACCUGCGCCCAGAAGCUGGUGCUGCCUCUGGUCUCUUUGAACUUUCUGUUCUGGGUCAUCUCUCUUGGUGGCCUUGGGUCGCUGCAGUACCUGUGCACGGAGCCCUUCAACAACACUGGGUACCUGUCCGGCGUCCGCGGCCUCAGCCCUGUGCACCUGACCUGCUCGAGGGUCUACAGCUACUAUUGGUGGAUUGUGGCUCUGGAGUUUAUCGUGCUGUGCGGCCUGGCCCUUACCAUUGCUGGCGGCCACCUCUCCGCCAUGCGCCUUGCUUGGACGGGCCUGCUUGCUGUGGCGACAGCACUGUGCACCCAGGCCGCGGACACCUUUUUGACGAUCAACAGCGUGCAGCACUACCAGAGCGGUUUGGAGCUGCACACAUCGCGUGGCGCAGCUGCUGGCUUCAUCAUGACGGCGACCAUCAACAUGCUCCUCCUCCUGGUCGUCGGCGCUGAGUCCAAGGAGAGCGCCAACUGCCCCUACAACAAGCGCGAGCAGGCCGAGGGCGAGGAGCGGGCCUAG